AGCAGUCUGCCACUGAACACACUCCUCGGCCUGAGGAAGGUGUUGUGCAGAGGCUGGUGGGCGUUGUCCAGUUUAUUUACAUUUACAUAGAUUUUUUAUUUAUAUUUUUACAGUCUGUUUACAGAAUGGAUGUAGCCUGUUAUGAACUCAUUUAGCCAUGUUUUCAGGUGACUUCACUUCACCAGACUGUAUUAUGUGUUGGCUCAUUAAUAAAUAAUAUAAGCUAUUUGACAAUCCCCAUAUUUAUGGCCUAAACAAUAAUCAAUUCACUGUCUGUUAGAGGUCCAGAUUUUAAACAGUCACACCAAUAAGUCGCUCAUUAAAAUGAUAUAUUCCUUAUGCUUUUAUUUUGUUAUUGUUUUGUCAGAUAAAUACUGUUUCUGUUGUGAUUUGUUUUGAUUUUUUUUGAAAGCCGAAGUCAAUAACACAUGUUUGGUGUUUCAGUUGUUCCAUUGUUGAUUGAAUCAGGAGAAUUGUGUUAAAUUAUUCAUCAGGCUUUGAAGAACUCACAUUUGAAUAAAAGUAUUGUGAACAACUCUUCAGAAUCAGGUUAGCUAUAAACAACAGAGCUAAAACCGGAUUAUACCUUCACAAUAAAAGCUCCAAUUUACUACUAAUCUAUCUGUCUAUCUUAUUUUGAAAGGCUCAACCGGAAACCCUCGCGGUUUAACCGCCUUCACUUCAUACUUUGUCAUCAUCGCCGCCAUUUUUGAUCCUCAAAUAAUAAUAAUAAAACAACAAAUGAUAAUUUUUUUGUUUUCGGGAACAAGUUACGAAAGUUUAACAACCGACUAACGUUCACGAGAAACCUGCGUGAUUAAUAUAAACCGUCGUGACGUCGUCGUUUUGAGAUGUCGCUGGUGUAUCUCGGGCAGCAGCUGCUGGAGGCGGCACGCAGCGGGCAGGACGAUGAUGUCAAAACUCUGAUGGCCAAUGGAGCCCCGUUCACCACAGACUGGCUGGGCUCAUCGCCGCUGCAUCUCGCCUCCCAGCACGGCCAUUGCUCCACCGCCGAGGUGCUGCUGCGCGCCGGCGUCAGCAGGGACGCCCGGACCAAGGUGGACAAGACGCCUCUUCACAUGGCCGCCGCAGAGGGUCACUCCAUCAUAGUGGAGCUGUUAGUGCGGAACGGCGCCGACAUCAACGCCAAAGACAUGCUGAAGAUGACGGCGCUGCACUGGGCGGCUCAGCACGGCCACAGGGAGGUGGCCGAGCUCCUGCUGAGGUACGGAGCAGACGUCCACUGCCUCAGCAAGUUCGACAAGACGCCCUUCGACAUCGCCACGGAUACCAGCAACACUGAGCUGAUGAUACUGCUACAGGACGGCAUGCGGAACCAGGUGAACAUCAACCCAGGCUCCCACUACGUUAUCAACGCUGGCGGCCUGGUGAAGCUCUCGGAUAUGAUCACCACCAAGACCGCAGCAGGCAAGUCGGAGGACGCCAUGGCUGCCGAGUCGGUGGAAACAAACAUUCAGCAUGUGGUGGGCGACGGCGGGCAGAGGGUCAUCACCAUAGUGACAGACCAACACGGCAACCUGCAGCCGGCGGCCCUGGGCCAGCAGUUCAUCUUCAUCCUGCAGGGGCAGCAGAUGGUGGCGUUGUCAGCCGGCGCGUUCACCGAGGAGGUCGUGGUCGAGGAUCAGCCCGCACCCAAGAGGAAGACAGCCAAUCACGUCGGCCUGAAACAGAAGAGGGUCAAAGAGAGUCGCGAGCAGCUGGAGCAGCAGUUGCAGGAAGCCAAACUUAAAGCUCACGAGUACCAGCAGCAGCUCCUGCAGAAGGAGCAGGAGGCCGAGCAGUACCGCCUCCAGCUGGAGCAGGCCAUAGCCACCAGCAACAACACCACCACCACCACCACCACUGCUGCUACAGAGAAGCAGGAGGAGCAGCUGGAGACGGCGGAGGAAGCUGCAACACAAGAGGUGGAAGCAGAGGAGAGGAACGAAGAAGGAGAGGUCGUCAGUGAACUUGCAGAAGGUGCAGCUGUGGACGUGGAGCUCCACGCUGCAAAGCAAACAGAGAAAGCUUCGCCCUGUCGGAGAGGCAGACGCAGACACUGAUCCAGGAAUAGUUGGCAUCAUGGUGACGUUCAGUUCUUUCACUUCAUCAUCAUCUCUUUGUGUUUUUCAUGGCAGCCGAGCGUUUCUGUAUUUACCAAAAGUAGCACUGCCGAUAAUGACGCUUAUGUUCCAACAGUCUGCCACAGAUCACGACUUUGUCUUCCAGAAUUAUUCCCUUCAGACUACCAGGGCCGAGACUGUUAACGUCCAACACACUCGCAGUGACACAGCAGGUUAAACAUGUCGCAGGCAUGCAUAUAAAAGUCUCAUUCGAAACAUAAUUAUUCUUAUUUUUAGAUUCACACUGGACCUGUAAAUCUGACACUUUGCUGCAGAAUUAAUCUUCUUAGUCUUUUAACCCCCCAAAAAAGGAGCCAAUCAAACCUACCUGGGUAAAGGUAUGAUUAAAACGUCAUCUUUGUCUGAUGGAGACAGAAAAAUAAGAACACAAACAAGCGUAGAUGAGACACAGCUGUAAAGAUUUAUACUAAAGAUGAGACAAACGUUAACACAGCAGAUGGGACAGACACGUCAUUAGUGAUUAAUUAAGACAGAAACAACAACAAACAGAAAUCAGCUGAUAUAAAUGAAUGAUAAUUAAAGGUUACUCCACAGUCAUCUGAUCCGGUGUUGAUUGGCGGAGCUUUAUCAGGUCAAAUGGUGAACACAAAGUCAAGUUUAAGGUCAGUGGAUUUCAUUUCAGGUCACAUUCACGUCUACCUCCUGCUGACUCGUUAAAAUCCUGCUCGCUUUUUGUUCCAUUCAUGCUUUUAUUCAUAUAGUACUAGCAGAUCCACGCUCCGGCCCCUCUCAGUCUUAAAUGUGUCGUAUUUUUGUGUUUACAUCUUUCUUUCUGGUCCUCAGAGAAAAUGUGUCGCUGCGCCUGCACAGAACGGGACGAAGAUAAUCAUGAGGCAAUUACAGUAAGAGCACUUCAUGCUCCCUUAUCCAGGGUGACCUACAGUGAGCAGAUAGGAGCUCUGUGUUGGGGCGGCGGUUGAUGGAUACACCUUAUCUUUUUCUGGGAAUUAAACCCGUGACCUUUAUGUUUGUAGAGCAGCCUUUUUUUACCUGCCCAGUUACCGUCCGUCCAGGUCAUAUACUGUGUGAUGUGAAUUACAGGAAGGCGGAUCUGACAGAACAAGUUUUACAUGUUUUACACUCCAGGGUUUCAUUUAUGCAGACGCAGAAAAUCUGACGUAAGUUUAAACUUUACAGAGAAACACCAGUAAUACUUCACGACUUUCUGAAGAUGUUGCUUGUUUCUUAAAGGGGCACUCCACUGAUUUUACGUAUCCACAGACCACAGACUGUAUAUGAACAUGGACGACGCGCCUCCACUUCUUAGACAGCAAUGAAGCCAGAAUAUCGAACAUAGACCCGCUGUGUUUUUUACUUUGACAUGUACCGCAGCAAACCAGCAGGGGUUUACUUUUGUGGAGCUGUCGUAUCGUCCAUCUUUAGUCAGUUAUUCAGAGCCACAGAAGGAAAAUAAUCCAGAAUUACACACAAAAAAAACGGUCAAAUGACUGUCAAACCAAAACUGUUAAAUUACAGUAAAAUAUCGUAACUCAAAAAUCAAAAACUACAAAUUUAUUGAAAUUUUCAGUCCAGAUUUUGCAGAGAAACUCUAUUUUCCCCUUAAAAAUUUUAGAUUAGAACGUUACAAUACUAGAAACACUGAUAUUUUACAGAUUAUCUUUGAGUUAUUGUCAAGUGACCACUUGAUGUGCUUUUACGACAGAUAAUGUAAUUAGUAAAGUUUGUACAGUUUUACAGGACAGUUUACAUUGUCAAACAAAAACUGCUAAAUUACAGUAAAAUAUCGUAACUCAAAUAGAUCAAAAACUACAAAUUUAUUGACAUUUUCAGUCCAGAUUUUGCAGAGAAACUCAGAUUUGAACUUUUACGAUCAAACGGCGUCAAUAACGUUACAAUACUAACAGUCCUACAGAGAAACACUGUUAUCUUACAGAUUAUCUUUGAGUUAUUGUCAAGUGACCGCUCAAUGUGCUUUUACGACAAGUAAUGUAAUUAGUAAAGUUUGUACAGUUUUACAGGACAG